AUGCCCUAUGCGAAUCAGCCCACUGUCAAAAUUACCGAACUCACUGACGAAAAUGUCAAGUUUGUCAUUGAGAACACCGAUUUAGCGGUUGCUAAUUCAAUCCGUCGAGUGUUUAUGUCAGAAGUCGCCACUAUAGCUAUUGACUGGAUCCAAAUUGAUGCCAACUCCUCUGUACUCCAUGAUGAAUUCAUAGCUCACAGAGUGGGUCUAAUCCCUCUGACCAGUGACGACAUUGUGGAUAAACUGCAGUAUUCAAGGGACUGCACGUGUGAGGACUUCUGCCCGGAGUGUUCUGUAGAACUCAUUUUGGAUGUACGCUGCACAGAGGACCAGACGCGCCAUGUGACAUCCAGAGACCUUCUGUCCAACAACCCCCGAGUUAUCCCUGUGACCUCCAGAAGCAGAGACAAUGAUCCCAAUGACUACGUGGAACAGGAUGACAUUUUAGUGGUGAAGCUUCGCAAAGGCCAAGAGCUGCGACUGAGGGCUUAUGCUAAGAAAGGCUUUGGGAAAGAGCAUGCCAAAUGGAACCCGACAGCAGGAGUGUCAUUUGAGUAUGACCCAGACAACGCACUGAGGCACACUGUCUACCCCAGGCCAGAAGAAUGGCCAAAGAGCGAGUACUCCGAGAUCGAAGAGGAUGAAGUCCAGGCGCCUUAUGAUCCCAAUGGGAAACCUGAAAGGUUCUUCUACAACGUGGAGUCGUGUGGCUCUCUGCGGCCUGAGACCAUCGUGAUGUCGGCACUGGGCGUCCUAAAGAAGAAACUCAGCGACCUGCAAACUCAGCUGAGCCACGAGAUUCAGAGUGACGUGCUGACCAUCAACUGA